AAAUAAAAUAAAAUUCCUUUUCUUCUCUGGUCUCGCCAAAGUUGCGACCUUUCCAAACCAAACCCUAAACGAAGCCCCUUCCCCUUAAACCUGAGAGCUCCUCUCUCUCUCUCUCUCCACCUCCACCACUAUGUCUCAACCCAUGUCCUCCGAUCACGACCACAACAACUCCGACGCGGUCCCGACCCGCCUCUACAACCCCUACCAAGAUCUCCAGGUCCCAAUUCAAAACCUUUACCACCUCCCCACCUCCCCGGAGUUCCUCUUCGUCGAGGAGGCCCGCCGCCAGCGCCGCUCCUGGGGCGAGAAUCUCACCUUCUACACCGGCUGCACCUACCUCGCCGGCGCCGUCGGCGGCGGAUCCGUCGGCCUCGUCUCCGGCGUCCGAUCGUUCGAAUCCGGCGACACCACCAAGCUCAGGAUCAACCGGGUCCUCAACUCGUCGGGCCACACGGGUCGGGUCUGGGCCAACCGGCUCGGCGUGAUCGGGUUGCUCUAUGCGGGUAUGGAGAGCGGGGUUCAGGCGCUGAGGGAUACGGACGAUGUCUGGAAUAGCGUUGCCGCGGGGCUCGGUACCGGAGCGGUGUACCGUGCGGCGAGGGGAGUGAGGUCGGCGGCGGUGGCCGGCGCCGUUGGAGGAGUGCUAGUCGGAGUGGCAGUUGCGGCAAAGCAGGGGCUGAAGCGAUACGUGCCGAUAUGAAAGGAGGGUGGAGUGAUGGAUCCUGAAAGUAUUUAUUAGCUACAGUAGGUGGUGUGGGUAGAUUCAAAAGUGAAAGCAAGCUUACAGUUGCGAUGCGCGAUGUUAAAUCUCGAUCGCAAUUUGAGUUUCUUGGGGUCAUCUUUAGAAAUCUGUUUAUUCAACAUAUGUCACUCUGUAUUACAAAUCACAUUCCGUUCUUACAGUGUAUUUUUGAACAAUUUACUUUCAUCUCUAGUAAAUCUUCAUCUUUUCUAAAGCC